AAAAUUGUGGAAUCCGCUAUAGGUCCUCCGCCGUUGGAUGGAAUUGUAACUGAUGUCUGGACACCUGAAUACUGGGAUGACAUUGUGAAAGUGGAACUUCCAUGGAUGCAAAGAGAAACCAGCACAUAUCAUGGCACACCACCAAAACCCGUGAUCAAACCAGUUACACCUCCUUCGAAUGAUGAAGCUGUGAAUGGUGGAUGGAUACCCUGGUGGAACAACUGGUAUGGACCAAUGGGAUUUCCAUGGUUUGUAAGAGGCGAUGGACCAACAGCUCCCGUCGCAGGAACCCCUGCUGAGUGCCACCGUUGA